AGUCCACUUAAAUGCAGCUCCAGAAUUGCGAGGCUUCCACCAGCAGCACUCCCUGUGUGAGGUGGCCAAUGCAACAUGCUCUCCAGCUUGGGGUGUCUACUUCUCUGUGGAAGUAUUGCACUUGCCCUGGGAAAUGCACAGAAAUUGCCAAAAGGUAAAAAGCCAAGCCUGAAAGUCCAUAUCAACACCACAAGUGAUUCCAUUUUCUUGAAGUUCCUGCGCCCAAAUCCAAACACAAAGCUGGAAGGUUUUCUCCUAGGAUAUGGCAGCAAUUUAUCUCCAAACCAAUACUUCCCUCUUCCUGCGGAAGGAAAAUUCACCGAGGCUGUAGUAGAUGCAGAACCAAAAUAUUUGAUAGUUGUGCGGCCUGCUCCUCCUCCAAGUCAAAAGAAGUCAUGCUCAGGUAAAUCUCGCCCUCGCAAACCUCUGCAGCUGGUGGUUGGUACACUCACACCCAGCUCAGUCUUCCUGUCCUGGGGCUUCCUCAUCAAUCCUCACCAUGACUGGACGCUGCCAAGUCAGUGUUCCAGUGACAGAUUAUACACAAUUCGCUAUAGAGAAAAGGAUAAAGAAAAGAAGUGGGUUUUUCAACUCUGUCCAGCCACUGAGACAAUUGUGGAAAAUUUAAAGCCAGACACAGUUUAUGAAUUUGGAGUCAAAGACAACAUGGAAGGUGGAAUUUGGAGUAAGAUUUUCAAUCACAAGACAGUUGUUGGAAGUAAAAACAAAGUAAACGGGAAAAUCCAAAGUACCUAUGAUCAGGUCCACACAGUGCCAGCAUAUGUCCCAAGGAAACUCAUUCCAAUAACAAUCAUCAAGCAAGUGAUUCAGAACGUUACCCACAAGGCUGCAACUAAAUCCCCAGAUAAGACUCCCUUUGGAGGAACAAUUCUAGUCCACCUUAUUAUUCCAGGUCUGAAUGAAACCACUGUAAAACUGCCUACAUCUGUAAUGCUGGAGAUUUCAGAUGCCCUGAAGGCGCAAUUAGCUAAAAAUGAAACCUUGGCAUUACCUGCUGAAUCUAAAACACCAGUGGUUGAAAAAGUCCCAGCACAGCCCCUAACAGUAACUCCUGGAACAGUUCCAAGAACCACUAAACCCAUUGUGUCUAGUGCGUUGGACAUUUUGGAAACAACAUUAGCUCUCAGUGAAAGGACCCAGGAAGCAUCACAAACAAUUCUAAUUCCUAGGUUUGAAUUGCCACUGAGCACUUUAGCUCCAAAAAGGCUUCCAGAAUUUCCUGAGGCAAAAACACCCUUCCCUUUUGAGAAACCUGGGGGUACCUUGGCUUCAAGUGAAAAGCCAUGGAUGGUGCCCACAGCUAAAACCUCUGAAGAUUCCAAGGUUGUGCAGCCUCCAACUGCAACUUACAGUGUUUUCUCAAGCCCUGCAACUUCAGAUGAGCACGAAAGAGAGCCUCACGCAGCAACAAGUGAUCCUAUGCUGGAAUCUGUCCCACCUAAAACUCCUAGAACUCUUGAACAGCCAAGAGCAACAACACUGGCUCCAAGUGAAAUACCAUUUGCUUCUCAAAAAGUGGAAACCUUUCCCAGUCAUGAAAUGCAACCUACAACACCUGCUCCUCAGCAGACUACAUCUACCCCUUCUACAACUAAACGUCGUCCCAGACCCAAACCACCAAUAACCAAACCUGCUCCAGAACCUCAGACUCUUCCAACAACACAGUCAACCAAAGCUCCAUCAAAGACCAAAAGACCAGGUCAUCGACCCCGCCCUAAAACCACACGUAGUCCAGAGGUGCCCAAGUCCACACCUGCUCUGGAACCCACCACAGUAAAGUCGGUGCUUAUGGUACCCACAAUCGCAUACAAACCAUCCAAGAGACCUCAAAUCACACACAGACCUGAUGUACCCCCAAUCCAGCCUGUUUCAGAACCACCACCAAAGCAAUUACCCCCUAAGUCCACAAUCACAGCAAAAUCAGAUAUGCUACCAACUAAAUCUGUCUUUGAGCCUAUUGCAUUUGAGACUGAAGCGCCAUCUGUAACCAUAGUUUCUACCACAGACGUUGAACCUGUAAUUAUGAGAACUGUGUCGCCAGUGACAACUCUAGCUCCAACAACAACUCAACGAGCAAGAACACGUCGUCCACGUCCCAAACAUAAAACUACUCCGAGCCCCAAAAUACCCCAGCCCAAACCAGAUCUUGGACCUGCUACUCCUGGGCCAUCUUUAGCUCCAACAACAAAAAGAACCCAUCGUCCACGUCCCAAACCUAAAACCACACCCCACCCAAAAGUACCUCAGACAAUACUGGUGCCUGCCACAAUCUUUGAACCAGUUAUUCCUAGAACUGAUGCUCCAGGGACGUCCAUAGUUCCUGUUACAGACCUUGAAGCUAUUACGGCUCUAGAACCUGUUACAUCCCUUCACCCUGGUACAGCCCCUGAGACUGUUACAGCCCUUCAACCUGUUACUUUUAGAACUGAGACCCCUGGGACAAAAAUAGCGACCAAAAUACCACAAAGAACUCGGCAUCCACGACCCAGGCCUAAAACCACACCAAGCCCUCAAGCACGUCAGACAAAACCCGUUCCUGCUGUAGUCCCUGAACCUGUCACCCUUACACCUGAGACCCCAGCAACAACAUUAGCUCCCAAAAUACAAAGGACACGUCGCCCACGUCCUAGGCCAAAGCCUACACCAAAUCCUGCAGUAUCUGAGCCCAAACCAGUUCCUACUGCAGAGCUUGAACGUGUGACACUCAGAGCUGAGACUGGGGUGACAACACAAGUUCCUAAAACAUCAAAACGGACCCGCCGUCCACGUCCCAAACCUAAAACCACACCAACUACUGAAGCUCCUCAAACAAAACUGGCUUCUGAUACAGAUCUUGAACCUGCUGCUCUUAGAACAGAAGCGCCAGAAAGCGUGGUUCUUUCAACAAUCUUUGAACCUUUCACACUUAGAACCAAGGCUGCAGAGACAACAUUAGCUCCUAAAACACAACAAACACGUCAUCCACGUCCCAGGCCUAAAACCACAGCAAGUACGGAAGUACCUCAGUCUAAAUUGGUUCCUGUUCCAGACUUUCGGCCUGUUAUUCAUAGUACUGAGUCUCCAGCAACAACAUUAGUUUCUGAUGUUCUGGUACCAGUUAGCACUGAGUCAUCAAAGGAGACAAUAGAACCAUCUGUAACAGACUAUGUACACACCACUACCAAAUCAUCUCUCAGGCCUGGGGAGCCAAAGACUGAAGAUGUUGUGGAACCUAUUACCUAUGUGUCUGAACUUCCUGAGACCAUGCUAGAACCAUCACCUCUGCCUUCCCAUACUAUAAUCCUACCCAGUCCAGAGGGGCCUCAGACCAAACCUGCUCCCAGGCAGACACCCCAUGUGCCUCCCAAGCCCAAAACACCACCGCGCCCAAGAGUUCCACAAACACAAUCAGUUCCUAAAGGGCCCCAGAGAGCUACUUCAAAACCAAAACUGCCAUCCAGUCCGGAAGUGUCAUACACCACACCUGUUGCAAAAGAUGUGUUCCUUCCUCAGAAACCAGACCCUGAAGCCUCUCAGAGUGAACCUGUUCUGCAACCUGUUACCUUUAGAAUUGAGCCACCAAAGACAACAGUAGCUCCUUUAGAGACACGAGGCAUUCCCUUUAUGCCUAUCAUUUCACCAAGCCCUUUUCAAGAGGAACUACAAACUAUUCAAGAAGAAACAGACCAAUUCACCCAAGAACUCUUCACAACUAAGAUUCCACGAACAACUGAACUGGCAAAGACAACUCAGGCAACACACAGAUUGUACACUAUUCCCGGGAGGCCGAGGAUACCUGACAAACCACACAUCAGACCUGUUCUGAAUAGAACAACUACAAAACCGAUUAGAACCAAACCCAGUGGACUGCCCAGUGGGAAUGGAGUCAAAACAGCUACAAUCCCAGGGACUCGCCGCCCACCUCUCCCACCAAGACUUACACCUCCUCGAAGAAAACCUUUACCACCAAAUAAUGUCACUGGAAAACCUGGAAGUUCAGGAAUCAUUUCAUCAAGCCGAGUAACUUCCCCACCCCUGAGGGCAACACUCAAACCUAUUGGAACCCCCUCAGAGAGACCAGAGAUAGAUAAAAAGCAGCCAACAGCUCCUGCCUCUGGAGAAGAGCUUGGUAAUACAACUGACUUUAGCUCAAGCCCAACACGAGAAACUGAUCAUCUGGGAAAGCCCAGAUUCAAAGGUCCUCACGUGAGAUAUAUUCCAAAGCCUGACAACAAGCCCUGCUCCAUCACUGACUCUGUCAAGCGGUUCCCUACAGAGGAAGCCACAGAGGGAAAUGCCACCAGCCCACCACAGAACCCACCCACCAACCUCACUGUGGUCACUGUGGAAGGGUGCCCCUCAUUUGUCAUCUUGGAUUGGGAAAAACCAUUAAAUGACACCGUCACUGAAUAUGAAGUUAUAUCCAGAGAAAAUGGGUCAUUCAGUGGGAAGAACAAAUCCAUUCAACUUACAAACCAAACCUUCUCCACAGUAGAAAAUCUGAAGCCAGAUACAAGUUAUGAAUUCCAAGUGAAGCCCAAAAACCCACUUGGUGAAGGCCCAGCCAGCAAUACAGUGGCAUUCAGUACUGAAUCAGCUGACCCACGAGUGAGUGAGCCAGUUUCUGCAGGAAGAGAUGCCAUCUGGACUGAACGGCCCUUUAAUUCAGAUUCUUAUUCUGAAUGUAAGGGCAAACAGUAUGUCAAAAGGACCUGGUAUAAAAAAUUUGUUGGAGUGCAGCUGUGCAACUCUCUCAGAUACAAGAUUUACUUGAGUGACUCCCUCACAGGGAAAUUUUAUAACAUAGGUGAUCAGAGAGGCCAUGGAGAAGAUCACUGCCAGUUUGUGGACUCAUUUUUAGAUGGCCGUACUGGACAGCAACUCACUUCUGACCAAUUACCCACUAAAGAAGGCUAUUUCAGAGCAGUUCGCCAAGAACCUGUCCAGUUUGGAGAAAUAGGUGGGCACACCCAAAUCAAUUACGUCCAAUGGUAUGAAUGUGGGACCACAAUUCCUGGAAAAUGGUAGAUGCCCGGAUCUUACCCUAAAGUACUUCUAACUCAUGACAAGGAAAAACAAUCAUUGAAAAUACUAUAGUAUCACAUUCAUUCAAAGCUAUUUUGUUUACUAUGUAUAAAAGUCUGCAACUUAAUUAAUAGCAAUACUAGAUGUUUAUUAGAAAAGACUGCUGAGUAUAUUUAUCAGGUUUUAUAAAGUCAAUUUAUGGAUUGGAAUAACAUUUUUAGGGAAGCUGGCUCCCUAUUCAUGGUAUUUUAAGAGAUCAUUUGUAUAUUAUUUAUCACACUGUUGUAAUGUUUUGAGAUACUUUUAUAACAAAAUUAACAUCAAAUUAUGUACUUGAAAUAUUUACUUUUAUUGAUGUGUACACUUUCUGGUGUUAUCUCAUAAAUCUCUACUUGCUUUAACUUAUUGGAGCAAAUUAUCUUCAGCAUAUACAUCUGGUAGAAAAAAGUUCUAAUGUUCACAUAUAUUUAAACUCAGACAACCAUGUUCAGCUGUUUUUUAAAAUACUGAAAUUUAAAUAAUUAUAUAUUCAUGCUAACAGACACUUCCAUAAGCUAUCUACACUAUUGAAAAAAUGUAUUUGAAUCAGCAAACUUUAUUUCUGCUAAAAACGAAUGAUGAUUUGGUAUACCUAUUUUCAAAAGACAUAUAUUGGUUUUCCUACUAUAGAUGUUCUAAUGUGUAAAGAUACUUUGUCUAACUAUGCAUUUAAAAAUUGUCUUCAUGGGCUGGGAAUAUGGCCUAGUGGCAAGAGUGCUUGCC